AUGGUCUCGAAUACGGCAGGAUACACCUCAGAAGACUGGGAGAAUGAGAUUCAGCUCGCUGUGGAUGCUCACAUCGAUGCGUUUGCCCUAAAUAUGGCCGCGGGAGAGAGUACCACGGCCAGCUCUCUCCCAAACGCUUUUGCAGCUGCUCAGAAGCUGAAAUUCCACCUCUUCUUUUCGUUUGAUUACGCUGGAAAUGGGCCCUGGGAUAAGGAGGAUGUCUUGAGUCUGCUAGGUCAGUAUGUGAGCAAUGAUGCUUACUACUUUCACGGAUCGAAUCCUCUUGUGUCGACGUUCGAAGGGCCCGAAAAUGCAGAAGACUGGGUGGACAUCAAGUCCCAGCAAUUCUGCUUCUUCGUACCCGACUGGUCGUCGGUUGGGGCCAAAGCCGCCAUGGCGCUAGCAGGCGGGGUCGCUGAUGGUCUUUUCAGCUGGGCUGCCUGGCCUAAUGGACCCAACGACAUGGACACCUAUGUGGACGCGUCGUAUAUCCAAUACUUGGACAAGAAGCCAUACAUGAUGCCAAUCUCCCCUUGGUUCUUCACCAACAUGCCCGGGUACGAUAAAAACUGGCUGUGGCGUGGUGACGAUCUCUGGUACACCCGGUGGGAACAGGCACUCUACCUUGCUCCGGAAUUCAUUGAGAUUAUCUCCUGGAACGACUUCGGCGAGUCCCAUUACAUUGGUCCUAUUGUUGACAGCCACAAUCCGCUAGCGGACUCCAUGUAUACUGCGUUUGGGACAGGCGAUGCCCCUUACAACUAUGUUGAGGGCUUCGACCACAGCGGCUGGAGGCAGUUCCUGCCCUAUGUCAUUGAUCUCUAUAAGUACAACGAGACAAACAUUGACAACGAAGGCUUGGUUACGUGGUAUCGGCUGAAUGCAGCGGGUGCGUGCCCUGAUGGUGGCACGACAGGCAAUACGGUAUCUCAAUUGCAGUUGGAAUACUGGCCAAAGGAUAUCGUACAGGAUAAGAUCUUCUUUUCCGCUCUGUUAGGGCAAGCUGGCGACGUCUCGGUGACUAUUGGUGGGGUCAAUGUUGGUGCAACGUGGACCAAUACCCCCAGUGGCGGAGGGGGCAUCUAUCACGGCAGUGUCUCCUUUGCCGGUCAUUCUGGUUCAGUUGCCGUAUCUGUUACUAGCGCUACCGGCACCAUCACAGUUGAAGGGCAUGAUAUUAGCAGCGGAUGCUGGGAAGGGAAUCAAGUCGAGAACUGGAAUGCUUGGGUGGGCUACAGUAUGGGCGGCGCGGUCGAUGUGGACUCCCCGAAACUUAACAAGGAGGUGUGUAUUGAAGGAUGGGGAAUGGGUGAUUUCAAUGGGCUCUGUAGCUACUCCUGCAGCUUGGGCUAUUGUCCCGUUGGGGCGUGCGUUUGCACAAAGUUGGGGCCUCAGCCAGAUUUCCCUGCGCCCACCGGAAUUCAGGGCUAUCCCGCUGCUGGCAAGGAUGCCAAUUAUGCAGGUCUGUGUUCGUUCACCUGCAAUUACGGCUACUGCCCUUCCACUGCCUGUGGGACUGUCUCAGUUCCACUAACCAUCCCUACUGUCUCCCCUUUUACCCCGGACACUUGUGUUGCCGGAACCGGAAAGGACGAGCUCGCCGGUUUAUGCAGCUUUGGUUGUAAUUAUGGCUUUUGUCCCAUUUACAAUUGCACCUGCACUGCCACAGGCCCACUGAAUCAGCCUCCAGCCCAGAAUACCAGCAUUAUCGGGUGGGCUCCAGACGAGGCUGAUAACGGACUUUGCGAGUUUGCCUGUACUCGCAAUUACUGCCCACAGCCUGUCUGUCUUGACAUGGCGUCCGAUGAUGAGUCUUGUGACAGUAACGACGACUACUGCGACGUCACUUCUCCUUGCGACUUCAGCCUUAGCUAUAACUCCUUGAGUGCCUUACAGUCGGCCAUGGAUAGCUUGGAUCCCUACUGUGUUGACUUCUAUGUCUUGGGCGCACUGUAUGGGGAGUUGGAAGCCACGGUUGCCAACUUCACCAGCAUUGCCAACACGAGCAACUAUGACGAGUAUUUCAAGGACUACGAGUCCUACAUGAAAAGCCAGGUGGGGACCCAGCUUACCUAUUCUAUGAAUAUGAGCGACACUGGUGCGCAGGGUGAGGGCAACCGAUUCUUCACGUGCACACUCAGUUUUGGAGGGGUGAACCGGACGGCGGGACCAUGUCCUGACGAUCUCGGGUACGAAAAUCGCGCGCAUACCGUCUAUUAUAACUUGAUCGAUGCGGACGGCUUCUAUGGCAACCUCAGCGCGGAAUUUGGGAUAGAACGUGACUGGGUUGUGCUAGGGGGCUGGUCGAGCACGGAGGGGCCCUACUACGACGACAAAGGCAACACCGCGUGCAACGUCUACGACAAUCCUGAGGCUGCCUGCUGGUGGCAUCGUGGCUUCCCAAUUCCAGCCCAGAAGAUCACCAUCAGCGACCCGCGGGAGCUGAUGAGACAGGCCCUGCCCAACAUCCCGAACCUCCAGCUCUCCCUCCUCAUCACCGAGCUUCAGAUCCUGUCGGGCUCCUUUGACGGCGUGAUCGACGAUGUCGUCCAGACGUACUCCACCGCCGUGUUCACCCUGGCCGAGCUGGUCGACCGCAUCUACUCAGUGGUCGCCAUCGGGGAGAAGAUCGAGGCCGAGAAGAAGAAGGAGCUGAUCUUGCAGAUCCUCGGCGGCGUGUUCCUGAUCGUGCCCUUCCUCGGCCCGCUCUCCGGCCUCGGCGAUGUCAUCGAGGGUCUGGAUGCGGCGCUCGCGCUCGUGGGCACCGUCGCGAACGAGGCAACCGAUAUCUACACCAUGGUGCAGGACCCCGAAAGCGCUCCGGUCGCAAUCCUGAGCAUGCUGCUUGACUUCAACGAUCACGAACUCCUCCGACUAAUAUUUAUGUCCACUCCUCAUGUACCAAAAACAUCGCGCAAGAUGAGAGUAUCGAUGUCAAGUGCACGUACAACACAUCAGCACCGACUCAUGUAUAACCAUUCGCGCAGUUUUUGA